GAUACACGGUUAAUGACCAGUAACGAGAGAGGAUUGCUGUAUCAUGUCGGACUGUGUGCACUAAUUUAUUUCCUUACAUAAAAUAUGAGUCGUUUGCGUGUUUAUAGAUCGGCACUCCGCCACCGAAUCUCUGCAACUGUUGUUUCUACUAUGAUAUUGCUUCAGUUUGUAUCAACAUUAGUGGGAUCGAAUGACAGCCCAUGGUACCAGGAUCUGUGCAGUUACAAAUGGGAGGCCAUUGACCAAGACAGCAAUGUUAGAUACACACUGAAGCUCUGUGAUUCAUCGCCAGACACAGACUGUGGUAAAGACAGUGCUGUCUGUGCACACAGCCUUAAGAAUGACCAGAAACAGUCAGUGGGUGAGCUCUCCUUGCGGAAGGUCUCACCUGCUGUGCUUGAUUUCAACAGCUCGAAAAAAUGCGAUGGCAAGAGCAGCAACAUUCAGAGCAGCAUCACCUUUCAGUGCGGCAAAACAAUGGGCACACCAGAGUUUGUCACUGUCUCUGAGUGUGUACAUUAUUUUGAAUGGAGGACGUACGCUGCCUGCAGAAGAGAGAAAUUCAAACCGCAUAAAGAGGUCCCCUGCUAUGUCUUUGACACGGAUGGAAAGAAACACGACCUCAACCCGUUGAUUAAACUCACAGAUGGUUACCUGGUCGAUGACCCAGAUGACGACAUUGAUUUCUACAUAAAUAUAUGCAGAAGUCUAAAUCGAGCCGGAAGUCUCUGUCCCGAGGGAUCUGCUGCCUGUCUCACCUCCAGCAAAGAUUCCUUUGACAUGGGUCAGCCUGUCAGCCAGCUGGAGUUGCUCUCCAAUGACAAACUGAAGCUGCGGUAUGAAGGAGUCAAAGAAAUCCCAGAAUUCUGUGAUGGUCACAGUCCAGCAGUGACAAUUACAUUCAUUUGUCCCUCUACAAGACAAACGGGCAGUAACCCAAAGAUGAUAAGCAACUCAAACUGUCGUUAUGAGAUCGAGUGGGUGACGGAGUAUGCCUGUCACAGAGACUACCUGGAGAGCCACGAGUGCAAACUGACCAGCGCUCAGCACGACAUCACCAUUGACCUCACUCACCUGACACACGGACCUGCAGAAAGACCAUAUAUGGUUGACGCCAAAAACGGCAAUGACACCUAUGCGUUCUAUAUGAAUGUGUGCGGUGAGACCAGUGGUGGUAGUUGUGAUGAUGUCAAGGGUUACGUAUCCGCCUGCCAAGUCAAAGACACUGGCGAUGUGAAGAAGAUUGCUGGCAGAUUUCAGAACCAAACACUGAGGUAUUCUGAUGGGGAUCUCACACUGAUCUACCCAGACGGCAGCAGAUGCAGUACUGGAUUUAAGCGCAUGACCAUCAUUAACUUUGAGUGCAACUCAACCGCUGGGAAUGGCCAGCCCGUGUUCACAGGAGAGUCUGACUGCACAUAUUACUUUGACUGGGAAACGGCAUAUGCUUGUGUUAAAGAGAAAGAAGAUCUGCUGUGUCGAGUCACAGACCACAAAAAGCGCUAUGAUCUCUCACCCCUAACACGCUUCCCAGAAUCAGACGGAUCUCAUAAUUGGGAGGCUGUUGACGGCAAGGCAGCUGAUAAGAAGAGAUUUUAUGUCAACAUUUGUCAUAAAAUCAUCCAGGAGGGAGCGGCCCUCUCUUGUCCGGAGGAUUCAGCUAUAUGUGCAGUGGUAAAUGGAAAACCAAUGAGUUUGGGCAAAUUCCUCACUUCUCCACAAAAAGCGGCCGAAGGCGAUGACAUCCGACUCGUAUACACUGAUGGAGAUGCAUGCUGGGAGAACAUGAAGGUUCAGACCAUCAUCACUCUAAAGUGUAAGCCUGGAGACGUCGAGAGUGCUCCGAUCUUGAGAGGCGUCUCCAGUGACGGCUGCAUAUAUGAGUUUGAAUGGCUCACCGCUUUUGCCUGUGUCCUCUCCAAAACGGAAGGGGACGACUGCAAGGUAGAAGAUCCUCAAGCAGGGAUUUCUUUUGAUUUGUCCCCCUUACGGAAACCUAACGGAGGCUACUAUAACAUGUCUAGUGGAGGGUAUGAUUACUUCAUUAACGUAUGUGGCAACAUUAAAGCCGCAAAGUGUCCGGAUACUGCAGGGGCAUGUCAAGUUGACCAGAGUGGCACAAGUUCUUGGAAUCUCGGGGAGUAUAACUCCAGACUUUCUUACUAUGACGGCAUGAUCCAGCUGACGUACAGAAACGGCUCGCAGUACAACAACCAGCAGCACACGCAGCGUUCCACACACAUUUCCUUCCUCUGCGACAGAGAGGCCGGGCCAGGCAAACCAGAGUUUCAGGAUGAGGAUGACUACACUUACAACUUCAAGUGGUACACAUCCUACGCCUGUCCAGAGAGACCACACGAGUGUAUUGUGACUGAUCCCAACACUUUGAAACAGUAUGACCUGUCCAGUUUGUCCAUAUCUAAUGGUGGCAGGAACUGGCAGGCCAUGCAGACCUCUGACACAAGCGGCCCCAGGAAAUACUAUAUCAGUGUGUGCCGGCCACUCAAACCCGUGCCUGGUUGUGACCGACGAGCUUCAGUCUGUGAGAUGAAAUACGAUACUGAUAAGGAAGGACUGUCUGAGAAGGUGGAGGUUAGUAACUUUGGCAUUGCAAUAAAAGCGCCAGUGAUCGAGGAGGAAGGCCAGCUCAUGUUGGAGUACACGAACGGGUCAGUGUGUGAAGCAGAUGGAGAGAUGACCACGUACACAACACGAAUCCACUUUGUCUGCUCAGCAGGGACAGCGCCAUCUGGUCCUCGCUUUGUGGGGAAGCAGAAAUGUAUCGUUGAAUUUGUUUGGGACACAGAAGCAGCCUGUGCCAUCUCAACUGUUGUAGACACCAACCAGACCUGCUCAGUGAAACAUCCCAAUACCGGCUUUGAAUUCAACCUGAAGCCACUGGCCUCUGAAAAGGGAUACCACAUCAAUGCUCAUGGAAAAGACUUUGUCGUGAAUAUUUGUGAUGCUGUGAAAGACUGUGGAAGUGUCGAUGGGAAAGCUAUGGCUGGCUGUGAGCUGGAAAAUGGUAAACCUGUGAGUCAGGUUGGAGUGGAACGGUAUCUUCAAUACUCAACCGAUGGCUCACUCACUCUAACAUACAAAGGGGUCGUGGACAAAUCGUCAGGCAAUGAAGACACCUUCAUCAUUAAUUUUGUGUGUGACCAAAAUGCCGCCACACCCUCCCUGAAGCUUACUCAUGAAGAACUGGGCACGAGUACCCAUGUAACCCACAACGUGCUCUUUGAGCUGUCCACGGCCCUAGCCUGUGAGCCGGCCCCUGUGGAUUGCCAAGUCUCUGAUUUGCAAGGUAGAGAGUACGACUUGGCUGACCUCAGCCUGGACGGAAAAUACUAUGUUCCUCUGGACACCUCUGAUCAGGCCCGGUCUCAGAAGUUUUUCAUCAGUGUGUGCAAACCACUGCCACGCGUCCAGGGCUGCCCUGCUGGAGCCAUAGGAGCAUGCGGCCAGAUCAAUGGGAGAGGGCUGAAUCUGGGAUACGUGCAGUCUAGUCUGCAGGUCGUGGCAGAUGGCUCCAUCAGUAUUGUAUAUCUGAAUGGGGAAAAGUGUGGCACAGGGCGUUACUCCACCCGAAUCAUCUUCCAGUGUGACGACAGUCCUGGUGCACCCAUGUUUGAUCGCAGAGACGGCUGUGAAUACGUUUUCAUCUGGAGAACCUCAGAGGCUUGCCCAAUCAGAAGAGUUCAGGGUGAAAAUUGUAAGGUCAGGGAUCCCAAAAGUGGCUACGAGUAUAAUCUUGCACCACUGGCCGGAAAGGACUAUGAAGUGAAGGGUUUGCAUUAUGAGUAUCACUUUGCAGUGUGCGGCCCAAUUACAACCUCAGUCUGCCCUCACGGUCCCAGCGGCUUGGUGUCCUCCUGUCAGAUAGAGGGCCAAAAUCACAGGAUUGCAGGGAUAGCCAAUCAAAAUGUCACGUUUGAUGAUGGGAUUAUCAUGAUCAACUACACACAAGGAGAAACCUGUCACAAGAUCUAUGAGCGAUCCACGGCCAUUCUCUUCUCCUGCGACCACAGCAAGAAUCCUGGAACGCCAGAGUUCAUUCGGGAGACCGCAGACUGCACGUAUCUGUUUGAUUGGCACACGGCUUUGGCUUGCCCUUCGUUCAAAACCACAACCUGUUCCUACAAUGACGGAAAUGGCCACUCCUAUGAUCUGUCCUCAUUAGCCUUGCACAAAUCUAAUUGGAUAGUCGUGCCAGAAACGGGCAAUCAGAACCAGCGGUAUUAUAUAAAUGUGUGCAAGUCUCUGGUGCCUCAAACCGGUUUGUGGAGCUGCCCAUCCAGCGCUGCUGCUUGUUUGAAGGAUGGAGAUAAGUAUGUGAGUCUGGGGGAGGCAGAGACCAGUCCAAAGUGGGAUAAAAACAUCCUGAUCCUGAAAUACACGAAUGGACAGGCUUGUCCUGACGGCAAGGGAAACAGAAGCACCAUCAUCCGCUUCAGCUGCGACCCUGAUAAAGUGGACUCCGAGCCCACUCUGGUCACUGCUCUAGAGAACUGUUCCUAUAGCUUUGUGUGGUUCACUGCUGCAGCCUGUCCUCUCAACAGCACUGAACACGGCGACUGCAAAGUUACAAAUCCAGCCACGGGUCAUCUCUUUGACUUGAACGUCCUCAGUCGGGCUGGAGGAUAUUUGGUCUACGAUCCAGUGGAUCUUAGAAAGAUGUUCAGACUGAAUGUGUGUGGAGAGAUAGCCAACGCUGGAUGCGCCCCAGGAACAGGAGUGUGCAUCAAGAACACCCAGAUGGUGAUCAGUGGUGGAACAGCCUCGAGAAAGCUGGUCUAUAAGGACCAGGUGGUGGAGCUCACCUAUGAGGGUGGAGACGCAUGUGCCGCCAACCCCUCCCUCAAACACAAGAGCAUCUUCAGCUUUGUUUGCAAGUCUGAGGGAGAAGGUACCGAUGAACCUGUGUUGGUGUACUCUGAUGAAAACACAUGCACUCAUUUCUUCUCCUGGCACACCCCUCUGGUCUGCGAACAACAGGUAAAGUGCUCUGUGUGGAAUGGCACCAACCAGAUUGACCUGAGUCCACUGAUCCAUCUCACCGGUUACUACACUGCUAUAGAUGAGGACGUGGACAAGGAAAAGUCUCCUGACUUCUAUAUCAACAUCUGCCAGCCCCUUAACCCCAUCCCAGGUGUCAACUGUCCUCCAGGGGCUGCCGUGUGCAUGGACCCCGUUGAUAGGGACCCAAUUGACAUCGGACGUAUCACCUCACCUCCACGGUAUAACUUAGACACUAAUUACGUGGAGAUCACCUUUAGCAGCACGACCGUCUGCCCCUCCGAUCACACCUCCAACUACACCUCCAAGAUCAUCUUUACCUGCCAGAAAGGCGCAGACCUGGGUUCUCCUCAGAUGAUCCGGGCACAGGACUGUAUGUAUAUGUUUGAGUGGGUGACUCCUGUGGUGUGUCCAGAGACCAUUACAUCAAAGGGCUGCAAGCUAACUGUCUCCCAGUUGCGCUACACCUUUGACCUCUCAGUGCUGUCAGGGGUCGUUCAGGUUCCUGGAAGCUCUGGCUCCUAUAAGAUCAAUGUGUGUGGCACUGUGACAGACACAACAUGUAAAGACAGUGCUGUAUGUCUGAUUUCCACUGGCUCAUCAGCUUCGUUUGGGAACAGCAGAAUUAUGAACCUGGACUACAGAAGAGAGGAGCAGACUGUGAUCAUGCAGUAUAUUGGAGGAGACACCUGCCCUUCAGUGACUGAUGAAGAUGAAGUAUGCGCUUUCCCCUAUAACUUCAUGGGCAAGUCUUAUACUAAUUGCACAACUGAAGGCAGGUCUGAUGGCAGGAAGUGGUGUGCUACUACAAGCGAUUACGACAAAGAUAAGAAAUGGGGCUUCUGCUCUAAUGCGCAAAGAGGGAAAAGGCAUUCUUCCAUUUUGUUCUCGUGUGACCGAACGGCUGGCCGCGGAAGACCGCAGCUGAUGAGCGAAAUUCAAGGUUGUUCUGCCACCUUCCAAUGGCGAACAAACAUGGUGUGCCCACCCAAAAAGAUGGAGUGCAAGCUGGCAGGCCGACACCAGACCUAUGACCUGCGUACUCUCUCCUCUCUCACACUGCCCUGGCGAUUUAGCCAUAAGCAAGAUUCAUACUUCUUUAAUCUGUGCCAAGCGAUCCAUGGAGGCCUGACAAGCUGCCCGGAGGAAGCCGCCGUGUGCCGCAGACAUGCCAGUGGGAAGACUGAGACUCUUGGCCGUGUGCACACGCAGACCAUGGAGUUAAUCGAUGGAAAGAUCCUGGUGAAUUAUUCCAUGGGCGACGAUGUGUGCGGAAACCACCAGCCGGCCAAAACUAUUAUACAGCUGACGUGUGGAAGCACAGUGGGGCAUCCGAAAAUACUGCGGGAGGAUAAAACCACAUGUGAGUUUUGGGUGGAGUGGGAGACUCGAUCUGCGUGUGCUGUGAAACAGGAGGAAGUAGAGAUGGUCAAUGGAACCAUCAAAGUACCAGAGACUGGAGCCACUGUCAGUCUGGGAGCACUUUAUUACCAUUUCCACAAUGCAACAGGAGAUAUUCGUCUUAAUGGAGACCGUUAUAUUUACCACAUCCAGCUGUCAGGCAUCACCGACAGCUCCAUAACCAAGUGCCUGGGCGCCAGUAUCUGUCAGGUCAAGAUUAAUGACAGUUACCGCAGAAAAAUCGGCUCCUCCAGCAAAGCCAAGUACAACAUCAAGGGUGCAAACCUUGAGGUAAUCGUACCAUCUGAAUCGUUAUGUGGGCGUGACAAAACCAAAGCAGUGUCAUCCACCAUCCUUUUCCACUGCAGCCUCACGGCAGGAGAGGGCAUCCCAGAAUUCCUGCUGGAGACGGAUGACUGCCAAUAUCUGUUUGUAUGGCACACAUCCGCCAUCUGUAACUUUUCUUCGCUCAGCUCCAUGGACCAGAACAUUAAUGAUGGAGGGGAGGAGCAAGCUGGCUUGUCUGGGCGGAGUCAGACGCUAGGCGCAGUGCUUAGUCUGCUGCUGAUUGUGCUCUCAAUCAGUUUGCUGGUUCUUCUGCUUCACAAACAAGACAGGAGGGAACUUGUCUUGCAGAAAGUGUCCAGCUGCUGCAAGAAAGGAAAUCCAGUAUCUUAUAAAUACUCCAGGGUGAACACAGAUGAGAUGGAAUGGUUGAUGGAGGAAACGGAAACACCCACGCGGGAGCCGCACGAGAACGGACACAUCACAACCAAGCCCGUUAGCGCCGACGCUCUGCGCACCUUCUCCCUGGACGAGCAGGACAGCGAGGACGAAGUGCUCACAGUGCCAGGGGUCCAAAUGGCCCACCCUUCAUCAUCACGGCUGCAGUCAGCCUUGCUAAAAGCCGAGAGUGAUGAGGAUCUGGUGGGGCUUCUGGAGGACACAAGGAGCCAGAACAAGACCAAAUACAGCGGUAGAAACCAGAAGAAACCACAUCCAGACCCAGAUGACAGCGAUGAAGACCUACUCAAAGUCUGAGGCUGCGGGGUGGCCCAGCGGAACUUUUGAAUGUGUCUGCCACCAUGUUCCAAAUGCUUAGUUGCUCCAUUUCUGUUUUUCUAAUGGGAAAUCUAUUUAUCUGUGAGCUGUUUACCAGACAGCAUUGCAGUUGGUUGAUUCGUCUGCUAAAUAGUCAAUGCCUUCCUGACAAAAACCCAUUUUUGUCAUUUGAUUAUUUAUUUUUUUGUGUUUGAUUGCCAUUAGUUGAGAUGAAUUAUGUACAAAUAUAUUAUUAUGUGAAUUCAUUUGGUCUCCUACAAACUUCAGAAAUGGACUAUAUAGAUUUUUUUAUUAUUAUUUAAAGAUUUGGGUACUGUUUUUGUUUUUUGCACCAGUUCACUGGGAAAAUACACUGUUUAUCAAAAAAUAAUGGAUGGUUAUGGCAGGUACAGUUGAAGAAGUUUCUAAACUGCAAACUGAAGCAGUAUUUAUUAAGCAUAUCUUGAGCCAUGUAGCACCAAGAGGAGAUUGAUUAGCUUUGCCAAGUUCAUAUUUAAAUCACAAAUCUACGAAUUGUCACAUGCUUCGCAUUUGUGUUCUGCAUUAAAACUUUAAAGGGAAAUGUUUACCCAAAAAUGAACAUUAUGUCAUUUACUUGCCUUGUUAUUCAAAACCUGUAUAACCUACUUUCUUCUUUGGGACACAAAAGAAGAAAAAAGCAGAUUAAAUGAAAAAAAGAAUGGGGACCACAUCUGUCCUUAGUCCCCAUAUACUUUCAUUGUAUAGAAAAGCGUAGCUUUGACAUUUUGCAGAAGAUCUCCCUUUGUGUUUGGAAUGACAAGGGUGAAUAAAUGAUGCCAGAAUUUUCAUUUUUGUCUGAUUUAUCCCUUUAACAUCCAUGUGUUGUUUAAAUGGAUGUUUUCUGCAAUGCUUUUGCCCCUUUUUCUGCCAAAAAAAAAAAAGCAUGAUCUUCUUAUCCUAAUAGAACACAGACAGCAUACAGAGUUUUAGUGCCAUGAAGGAAUGACAUCGCAUGUAUGACUGCUGCAGGUUUCCUUUUUCAAAUGCCAUUUCUAAGCAAAAUCCAAAGAAUUGCAUAGAGUUAGUACAUUCACAAUGUGGGGUUUAUUUUGGUUAUUGUUCAGUUGCUUUUUUCCUCUUUGUUUUAAUGUACUCUUUGCACAGAAGAAAGUGCCUAUGUAAAGCCACACGUCCACUUAGAUGCAUAUAGUCGAGCUCACACCUAGAAGCGUUUACAUGGCACUUUGUUCCUAAGCAUGAAUCGUUGUUGUUGCUGCUUUACAAAUGUUGAAUAUGACAUCAAUGAACAGAUCGCCACCUCAGAAACACCUGCAAAUUAUUUUUAUUUGCUGAAUAUGUAAUUUGUCCAUUUCAGCUCAACUUUUAUACACAGCAUCCUGCUAACUAAAAAGUGUAAAGAAUGAUGCAUAAAUUUGCUCAACCUUUUUGCGGGGAUUGUAGUCAGCCAAAAUGUUCUUCUCACAUGGGCAGUUGAAGUUCUGUUUGACAGCAUGUAAAGUAUUUGUAUUUUUUUUUUUUACUCUGGCUCAGCAUACGGUACAUUUGAAUAAUAGCUCAGUAACUGAAAUAGUUUGUCAUUUUAUGAAUUCUGAAAAUGUAAUUCUCACCUAGAGUAUAUGGUUGCCAAAUAAACCCACACCAGUUCUGUAUGUUUGUCGUAACUCUGCACGUAAGCAGGCACUUUGAAGUUAAGGUACAGUACAGCAGGACUGGGUGUCAUUGAAAAGAAAAGUUUAUUUAGUGCUUUGCACUUAUGUGGAUGUUUUUGUUCUGUCAUUUAGGGCAGAAGGUGGACGGUAUCCUUGAUUGCUAUUGGUCAUAACGGGUUCCCUCCUUUGCUUAUUGAAAAUGUCUGAAACUGCUGUAUGGGUUAUCAUAUGGUACAAUUUUCAAAAGUCUUUGAAGAGAAGGUCUCGAGAUCUUCAACUGACGUCUUUUUUCCGAUUAAGACUCUGGCACUUCUGAGACUUGUAUUUGUCAUGUUUUACAGCAUUUUGUUUUAUUGUUUUAAUGGUUUUUAUCUCAAUAAAAAAAGUUCAGCUCCUC